GAAGAGGAAGAGUCUCACAAUACUACUGUUUUCAUCAUGAAGACUUCACAAACCUGGAUUCUUCACCUGAAUCUCUGCAUCGUUCUUACUUCACUGACUCACGCAGAUUCUGAUUCCAGUGUUCAAACGAUUCAGCAUCAUGUCUUCAGAACGGUCUAUGAAGGAGACACAGUGACACUUCACUGCAACACAACUCCUCAUGAUGAAGAUAUCACGUGGAAAAUGAACAACAGUGUUAUUUUCAGUUACGACUCAUUUCAUAACAGAAAUAUGACAAAGUUCACUUCAGAUAGGAUGUGUAUCAGUCCAGCAGCUCCAACUGAACUGAAAAUAAAUCAAAUACAAACAUCUGAUGCUGGAAACUAUUCCUGUCAUAAUACUGAAACAGCAAUGAGAUGGAUAUUAACAGUCACAGAAAACACACCAGAGGAGUCACUCGAGCAAGCAUUACUCUACAUCCUCAUCUCAGGCGCUGGAGUUAUUAUGGUCUGUCUGAUGAUCGGCUUCAUCAUCUGCAUUCACAGGAGAAGGAAAAACAACAGAGAUGCUGGUCAGAGAUCACCGGCUCCAGCCAGCAGAAGAACUCCAGCCAGGAGGCUCGUUCAGUGUAGAUCAGAGGUCAAAAGUAACGAUCCAAGAAAUUACAGCAUAUAUGAGAAUGUUUCAAAUAUUAAGUGAGUUAGUGAUCAAACUUUGUCUAAAUAUUAAGUAGUCGUGCGCAUAUACUCAUUGUUGUAUAUUAUGUGAACUGUUUGGUUUGGACUGGAGGACCUGUUGGAUUCAUGGCCAUGUCCUGCAGCUUGGGUUGCCAAAUUCAGCAUUGGAAAAUACCUUGGUUCUUUAUUAAAAAAAAAUGAGACAGAGACAAUCCAAAUAUUUGUUUUUGUACAACACAGUCUGCAUUUAAGUAUGUAAAGAUAGUUUUUGCCUGAAUUAAAUGCUAAAACUAAUCUAAACGCAUACUGUAAUCACAUUUGUUUUGCAUAACCUAUGAAAUGCUAAAAUGCCUACAUUUAACGCUCAUUCUAUAAUGUCACAUACGUUACAUGCUAAUCGUCUGUAUGAACUUACAGAUGUUUCUGUGUUAAAGUGUGAAAGAGCUACACAUGUG